GAUUCCAUCAAUUGAAUUGUAUUUAUUUCUUUGUGUGGGUUAGUUUUUUUUAAUGUGAUUAUCGCGCCGAAUUGUUGUAGUUGACAAUUUCAACAUUAAUAGUUGGCCGCAUCCACCCUCAACAUCACCAUUAUCAUCACAAUCAUUAGAUGAUUCAUUCGGGAUUUCGAAUAGAGGAUGAUGAAAUUAAUGAAGAAAUCAGUAUUGAAUUCAAAGUCCCUAAGCCAUUAUAAUAAACCCGAAAUAAUGAUAUUAUGAUAACUUUGUCGCAUAGAUAUCAUCAUGAUUACGACUUCACUAUGUCAAACACUAGCCUCAAUUUAUCAUUCACUUAAUAUUUAUAAAUCGAGUUCAACGAAAAAAACACUUCCAAUUAUUGGCGGCUCGUUUUUCCGAUUUCCGAAAAAAGGAGAAAACCGCAAUAAACACAAAAUAUAAAAUAUCUUAAAGAAAAAAUAAUCUAGGAAAAUGUAUCCAUUUUAUUAGAUUUGUGCUUAUUCUUGUGUGCUGGUUUAAUAAUCAACAUCUUUUCAAGUUUUCAAGAAACUCAACUCCCUCUAAUCAAUUCAAAUCAAAAUAAUUAGUAUCCAAUGUUUUUUGGGUGAUUUUUUUGUCAACAUUCUCAUUGUGAUAUAAUUUAUUCAAUUCAACCUUUAUCUUUCAUCGAAAAGAGAACAAAUUAGAAUAUUUUUUUUUUCCUAAAAUGGUCUGCGAAAACGAUGAACCAGUGGGUAAUCGAUCUAUGGAUGGCGUACCAGAUUUGACGCUGAUAUCGAAUAUCGAUGAGAUUGGUAUCAAUGAAAAUCUUCAUGUUCGCUAUAAUCGUCAACAGAUCUAUACUUAUGCUGGAUCAAUAUUGAUUGCUGUAAAUCCGUAUGAAGAGCUUGACAUAUAUGAAUCCGAAUGGCAACAGAUGUAUUGUGGAAAACGUUUGGGCGAUCUUGAACCACAUGUUUUUGCCAUUGCUGAAUCAUCGUACAGACACCUGUGUUCUGAUGAUGCCGAUCAAUCGAUUGUGAUUAGCGGAGAAUCUGGAGCCGGCAAAACAGAAUCAACAAAAUUCAUACUACAGUAUCUUUGUUCGGUCACAUCUAGUCAAUCAUCGUGGGUUGAACAUCAGAUUCUUGAAGCCAAUACUAUACUCGAAGCAUUCGGAAAUGCUAAAACAGCCCGCAAUGAUAAUAGUUCUCGGUUCGGGAAAUUCAUUCAAGUUUGCUUUGAUGAACGAGGCCAAAUCGGUGGUUGUGUUGUACGUGAUUACCUUCUCGAACGAUCUCGGAUAGCAUUACAAUCGGCUGCCGAACGUAAUUAUCAUGUGUUCUAUCAGCUCGUAUCGGCUGCACGACGUGAUCAAGAGCUAGCCAAACAAUUGCAAUUAGAUGAUCCUGCCAUAGAAUUUGUAUAUCUGAAUCAAUCAGGCUGUACAAGUAUCGAAGGCGUUGAUGAUGCUGCCAAUUUCGAUUCUUUACGAUUGGCUAUGUCCGUACUUAGAGUACCCGAAACAAUGUCCGAUGGUCUUUUCGCUGCUUUAUCAGCCAUAUUGUGGCUAGGAAAUCUGGAAUUUGAAGAACAAGCCGAAACGGAACGAUGUAGGCUAACCGAAAAUGAUGAACUGGUCAUAUCGACAGUGGCCACGUUACUCGGUGUCGAUGCUUAUCGAUUAACGUUGAUUACUCUACGACGACAGAUUAGUGUUCGAGGUACGGUCACGGAUAUACCGUUAAGUUUACGUGAGGCAAGAGAAAAUCGCCAUGCGAUGGCCAUGGCCAUUUAUUCACGUACGUUUGCAUGGCUCGUUCGACAUAUUAAUGCCUGUACAUUACCGGAUCAAUGUGCAAAGCGAUUCAUUGGCGUGCUCGACAUUUUUGGCUUUGAAAAUUUCCAGUACAAUAGCUUUGAACAAUUAUGCAUAAAUUAUGCGAAUGAAAAAUUGCAACGAUUCUUCAAUCACUAUGUGUUUGCCUUGGAACAACAAAUCUAUCACGAUGAAGGUAUCAGUUUUGAACAUAUCAAUUUCACUGAUAAUACUCCCUGUGUGGAACUAUUGGAAAAGCCGCCCAAAUGUGUGCUACGGUUAUUGUCUGAAGAAUGUAAAAUUCCACGAGGUACAGAUUCAUCUUUUGUCCAAAAAUUACAUUCAGAAUUUCAUCAAAAUCAUCAAUACUAUGUCCGUGGUGAUGAUCGUCGCCAUUGGAAUGCUCAAUUCGGCAUUAAACAUUAUGCCGGUGAUGUAAUGUAUCAAGUAGCUGAUUUUCUAGCCAAAAACAAAGAUGCUCAACAAGAUCAAUUUUUUGAAAUAAUGCUCGAUUCGAACAAUGAUUUUAUCAAGUCAAUCGCUACCUUACAAGAUACGACCGAAUCAAUCUAUGGUACCAUUGGUCGUGCUCAAGAUGGUAAAGGGUCAAAAGGAAGGCCAUUAGUGGCAGAUGCCUUUCGACAACAACUAUCCGCGUUGGUUGAUCUUUUAUCCGCUACCUGCCCGUGGUAUGUUCGUUGUAUCAAGCCAAAUCUGACGAAAUCUUCACGAGCAUAUGAUGUUGCACAAGUCCAUACUCAACUACGAUAUCUUGGCAUGUUGGACAUUAUUCGCAUCAGGCGUGAAGGAUUUCCUGCACAUUAUAAAUUCGAUGUAUUUAUUGCAAGAUUCAGAUGUCUACUACUAGUCAAAUCAUCUCAUCAUCAUCAUCAUCAUCAUCACCAGAGUCAUCAUGUUCCUCAUCUGAAACCCAAUUCAGCAUCGACUCGUGAACUAUUGAAUCGAAUUCGUAUCGAACCAAUACAAUGGCAAAUUGGUCAUUCGAAAGUAUUCCUUAAAGCCGGUGCAGCCGAUGAAUUGGAAGAACGACGAACAUUGCUUCGUGAACGAAUGGUCAUUAGAAUACAAUCGGCAUGGCGACGAUUAAUAUGUAUGCGACUUUAUCGUUGUCAACGUUCAAGUGCAAUUAUAAUUCAACGAGCAUUUCGAGCGAUGAGAACACGUUUACUAUAUCAAAGACAACGUCGUGCAGCGAUCACCAUACAGGCAUUUGUACGUGGAAUGUUUGCCCGUGAGGUUGCCCGUGCAUUAUGUCAUAUGAGAGCAAUUGAAGCCGCGGAAAAACUUCAACGAGAACGGAUGGAAAGACAACAAUCGUCUGAAGAAAACGAUGGAACGGAUCAACAACAGGAACAAGAUCGAAUGGCAGUUGAACAGAUUAACGGACAUUUCUUAGGAAAACGUAGAUCAUCUACACCAGACGAACUGGAUGAAUUAGAGCGUCAACUACGGGCCGACGUCGAACGAUUAUAUUGUCGUAAUAAUAAUAAUAAUAAUAAUAAUAGCAAUUAUGAAGAGAUUUUAGUCGAAGAAACGGAACAAGUAAAUAAUACGUGUGAUACCAACAAUAAUCAAGUGGAUAACCAUACUGAUGAUGAAUUGCAUUUGAAAUCAUUGAAAGAAUCAUCGGUGGAUGAGGAUUCGGCUUUAGAAUCAAUGUCAUCAUUGCCACCACCACCACCAAUGCCAUUAAUUGGUCAGAAAAUUGGUAAUCAACCGAAUCGAUCAAUUAGUGACCAGUUUGAUCAGUUGAUACAAAAAACGGAAUUGGCUGUUGAUUCAUUGGAUAAAAUACAAAAAAUGAAUCCCCCAAAACCGAAACCAAAACCAAAUAUGUCAGCAUAUCAUCAUCAUCAACAACAACAACAGCAGCAGCAGCAGUCAUCGUUGGCUGAAAAAUUGAAAGCCAUAUUAAUCGUCGAUGAAACACAGCAACAACAAUCCGAUGAUCAACAGCAAGGAAAGAUGCACCAUCAUCAACCAUCCCCAUCAAUUUGUUCGGUAGAUUCUGCCGUAUCCGAUUCUCCUGCCACAUCAACAUCGGAUACAUUGAUGAUGGUAGCUAAUAAUGAUCAAAUUGUUCAUAGUAACGGUGUUGAUGGUGGUAUCUCUCAAUCAAAUGAUGAUCGAUCAUCUACUGCAUCGAGUUCAAUUCUUGAUAAUCGUGGAUCGAUAUCAUCAUCCGAACAUACCGGAACGAAUACAUCUCAACGCGAUGAUGUUAUGAGUGUUAUGAGUGAUGGUGCUGCUACAUCUAAUAGUACAUCGGAUUUUGAAAAUUCAUCUCCACUUCCUGGCUCUGCUACAUUCCAUCAACAGCAACAGGUUCAUGUUCCAUUAACAAUUGCAACGGCAGUACCAGCACCCACAAUGGUUCCAAUGGCCACAGCUGCAGCCAUUGCACAGGUACAUCAUCAGCAAAUAUAUACACAACAACAACAGAAAAAGUUGAUUCAACCCCAAGUGUUGAGCCAACAGCAGCAGCCCAUCUAUAAUGGUCAAAAUCAAAUGACAAUGAUUCCGGUGACAACGACCACGAUUGCAGCCCAACCUAAUCAACAGCUACAUCAAUUAACACCGCAACAAAUACAAGCAAUUACAAAUUCUAAAUUCAUCACAAAACAGAUUGUCCAUCAACAACAACGAUCACAAAUGCCAAUGACCACCAAUGGUGCUGUAUCAUCAUUGAAUGGCGAACCACCAACAGAAUGGGAAAAAGAUUUUGAAUUAUCUGAAUAUGCAAGCAAACAUUUGAAUCGCCAUAAACGUGAUGAUUAUUCGGGUGCAUUAUCUGGAUCUAGUGGUCAGAUCGUAAGAACAUUGAAUCGAAACAAACGGAAAGGUCUUGAUGUAAAUAGUGCCGAACUUUUUCUCACACCAAUCGAAAUGAUCACAUGGACAUCAAGUUCAACCAUACCAACUGCACACGUACAUCUAGCCAUUCCGCAAAAUAUAAAUCUAGCCUGUUCAAUAUUCAAAGAAUUGAAUAAAUAUCUAGCAGGUGAGAAAAAACUUGAGACAGAAAUUCGCUUUAUUCAAUCAAUGAUUGGCCAUGGUAUUGAACGUGAAGAAUUGCGUGAUGAAAUAUUCAUUCAAUUAGUACGACAAUCGAAUGAUAAUCCAUCUAAAGAACAAACGAUUAGAUGUUGGUCAUUGCUUGCCUUGGCCACGGCUGCAUUCAUGCCUAAUAAACAAUUAUCUCGCUAUUUGUUGACUUAUCUACGGCGGCAUCUGCGAGCAAAUAAUACAUCAAUAGCUUGUUAUGCACAAUUCUGUUUGGACAAUUUACAUGUUGGCCGAUUGUCUGCUCGACGAUUUCCACCAUCGAUUGCAGAAGUAAAAGCCGUUACCGCACUUCGGUCCUUGGUAUGUCGAUUUCAUUUGUUGGAUGGCCGAACCAAAGCCCUUGAUCUCCAUCCGGCCGAUACAGCUUCUGAUGCUGUUCUUUCAUUGGCCGCCAAACUUGGUCUUCGUAAUAUUGAUGGUUGGGCAUUAUUCGAAGUGGCGCCUGAAGGUGAACGUGUAUUACGAAGCCAUGAUUAUGUGGCUGAUGUAUUGACUUUAUGGGAAUUACGGGCCCGUUCUGAAAGCAAAUCAACUUCAUCAUCCUCUUCUGCUUUGUCAAAUCAUCAUCAAUCGACCACCAUACCGAAUUCACCAUCAGUUGAUUCGAUUGCUACUAAUUGUCGAUUCGUAUUUAAAAAACGUUUAUUCCGUAAUGCGAAUGAAAUUCCACGCGAUACAGUCGAAGUAAGCUUAUUGUAUGCACAAGCUGUACAUAGCGUCGUCCGAUUGGAUGAAUUUCCUGUCAGCGAACGUAUUGCUCUACAAUUGGCCGGUCUUCAAGCUCAAGUGUUGAUGGGAGAUUUUGUUGAAGGUCGUAUUCGAAGCUAUGAAGAUGUUGAAAAUUAUAUAAGUGCUCGGGUACGUCGUGCAGCUGGCCAUAGCUCAAUGGAAUGGGCUGUGAAAAUUGCUGAUGCUCAUCGUCUACAUGGCUAUGGAAAGAGUUCAUUAGUAGCUAAAGUCUGGUAUCUUUCAUUGGUUAUGCAAUAUCCAUUAUACGGUGCUGCAUUAUUUCCCGUUCAAUAUAAAGGUGUAUUGGCUAUAUUCGGUAAUAUGCCACUAUUAUUGGGCGUUCAUUCUGCCGCCAUAUUAGUAGUUGCAGCGGCAGAUAAACGUGUCCUUGCCACCUAUCGAUAUUCAGAUAUUGAAACAUUGACCAUAUAUCCGACAGAAUCAUUACUUACGCUGAAAAUGUUCAAGGAAACACCCGAUGGUUCAAAUAAAUGUUUAACAUUUGAAACAUUACAAAAAGAAGAGAUUGCAUCAUUAGUUGCCGCCUAUUCACCACAACAUGCAGCCGGAUUUACUUUCGGCAUGGCCAAUGCUAUGGUUGAUGUAUUGAGCACUCCAGUUGCUAAUCAACGACCCCGUCGACUACUUAAAAUGACACUCGAAGAUCGCCUCCGAUUGCAUACCGAAGUGAUCAAUUGCCGACGGGCACUAGUCACGGCAAACAUCAUGCGAAAACCAGCAGCAGAACAUCAAACUAAGUGGCGUACUACUUUACGGCGACUAGGUCGCAGUAGUAAAUCAAAUUCAAAAAACAAUCAAAUUAAUUUGGAUGACGAUGACUAUAGUCAUGAUGAAAUAUUACGGAAUUAUCCCAGACCAUUCUGGGCAUAUAUUAAAGAACCACUUGUCUCGAGCUUAUUAGUCAUUUCAGAUCCAGAUCUUGAAGCAGCUGCUGUUACAAUGUUCGAACAAAUACUUUCUUAUUCAGGCUUACGAAAUGAUGCAAGCCAAUCGGAUAAUUCUUCUACUACGACAAAUGGAUCAUCAUCAUCGAAUGAAGUUGAAUGGUGUAUGCGUGCUACACAAUCUGAACAAAAUCAAAUCCGACAAGCACAAGCAAUUCUGGAAAAGUGUCUUGGUGGUGAUGCUGAUAUACUACGUAAUGAAUUUUUUCUACAGUUGAUCCGUCAGACCACCGAUCAUCCAAUACCGAAUUCUCGUGUAAAUAUUAAACAUUGGCAAUUGUUGGCACUCGCUUGUUCGCUCACACAGCCAUCCGAUCGUCGAGUAUUGGCCUAUUUGCAUGCUCAUCUGCGUCGCUGUGCCUUGGAUCAAAUUACACGUGAAGGUCAAUAUGCUCAAUUCGCAUUACGAAAUCUACAAGGAACAUUGGAAACACGUGGUCGUCGAUUGGCGCCUUCACGUCCUGAAAUUGCUGCCACAAUUCAAUGUCGCCGUGUGUAUGCCCGUGUACAUUUUCUUGAUGGUCAUUUUCAAGCCGUUGAAUUUGAUGCUUGUGCUGUCAUUGCCGAAGUUUUGGAACAAAUUCAGCUCAAAAUCGAACUACGAACACAUGCACCUGGUUAUGCAUUGUAUCAAGUGCUGGGACAAAACGGUGCUGAACAAGCAUUACAACCAGAAGAUAAGGUGGGAGACGCCAUUGCAUUCUGGGAACGAUGGCAUGAUGAACAUCUGGGUCAAGUUCAAAAUGGUUCCACUGCUGCUGCCGGUGUCGUUCGUAAUGGGGGAACUCAAGAACCGAUUCAUUAUUUUAUCUUCAAGAAACAUCUACAAAUCGAUAAUUAUGUCGAUUUUAAUGAUCCUGUUGAACGAGAAUUAUUAUAUCAUCAAACAUUGCACAAUGUUCGCAACGAUCGUUUUCCAUUGACCGAUCAAGAAGCCAUACUAUUAGUUGCUAUUCGAGCUCAAUUAGAAUUUGGUGAUAGCCAUUCAAACAACAUGAUGGUCAACAAUUCAUUAUCAACGAUGAUCGAAGCAAACACUGGUGGUUUGGAUGAUAUGUCCUAUAACCAAUUGAUCGGUAAAACAUUGCCAGAACGACUAGCCUGCCGCAUAUUGGUAAAAGAUGUGCGAACACAACAUCAAAUUCAAAGUGGAAUGGAUCAACAACAAGCCAAAGCAGCAUUCUUUAAUCUUAUUCAAUCGUGGCCAUUACAUCGAGCCACCGUAUUUGAAGUGUUACAGACAUAUACUAGUUCUUGGCCAAAAACAUUAUGGCUUGCCAUUGAUCAAAGUGGUAUGCAUCUACUGCAGCCUAGAACUAGGAAUGUUCUCUGCAGUUGUGAAUAUCGGAAUUUGGUCGAUUAUACUGCAACAUCGAAUUCAUUAAUGAUUGUGGCCAAUGUGGCCACAGCAAUAACCAAAACAAUUAAAUACAUGUUUAUUACUCACCAGGCAUUACAAAUAUCACAAUUAUUGCGAGACUAUACAUCAGCAGUAAUGAAUGCUAAUUCGAAUCGUAUGGCAGUCAAUGGCGGCGGCGGCCCAUUGAAUCGAAACGGAUCAUUAGUAAUGUCAUCCCAGACAUCAUCAAUAUCGAACGCUUCGAAUACGACCGGUAGCACUGGGCGUAGAAAAUCAGUUGAAUUUGAUCUAGCAUUACGAAACAUGUCAGCAGCAGAUAAGAAUCAUCCGAAAAGUGUUGCUUUUAGUGCAGCAUUGAAUCCCAUACCCCAACCUCGUCGAUCAUUGAUGGCUCAACAACAACAAGCAACCUAUGAUACUCAGAUGUAUAUUCAACAACAACAGCAACAACAAUUGUACCAGAAUCAACAACAAAUCCAAUACCAAAUGUUACAGCAACAACAACGAAAGCCCAGACCAUUGAUUCGACAUGCAAACGAUAGCGAUCAUGUUUAAGUCAUGUUCCGGGCAAGUGCCAAAAAAUAUGGAAUUCUUUUUUUGUACAAAUUUUCAAUUAAAAACCUAAACCUAGUUGAUGAUUUUCGAUAUAAAUAAUAAAUUGA